AUUCUCCCCCAGGCUUAAACGACAGCGCCCCGGCUAAGAACAGCGCGAGGGGCGGUACCACAGAUACCGCUACCGCUAUGAGGUGGUAGACUCCGCCCCGUAAGCGCGUUACCGCCCGUAAUACCCGUGCAUCGGAAUGUAAGCUUUGCUCAAAUGAGUUUUGGCUGUACAGUUCUUGUAUGCCAUGCGCCUCCUCCGGCUGUCGAUAAAAUACCGUUAUCCAUCUUCUCGUCCUUACCGGGCAUUCAGUGUUGAUUGCCAUCCCCUACUCCUCCCAAACGAUAUACCAUCAACUUCUCCUUCACCUCCUCCCCUACAAAUACGAUGGCAAAAAGGAACCUUUCUCAGCCCAAGUCGCCCUUUUAUAUACUUUUCAGAGCCUUUCAGUUUACGCUCACAUUAUCCCUCCUGAGUGCAACAGUCUAUCUACGAUGGGGAUAUAAGAUCAAGGGGCACUUUUCGGGCAAGCAGGAUGCAUCCUCUAGCCAGGAAAAGAGUGUUAUCACCGUCUCUUCAUUCCACCAGGAUCAAAGAGGAAACACCGACGAACAUGACAACCCCGAUAACUACGCAAUCACAAAUGCCAAUAUCUUGUCUCCUUUCAUCGGGCUGUCGAUAUUGAUAGGAGCGGUAAGUCAAAAUUGCCCAGCCCGGGGCAGAAGUCCCGACUAAUAGCACUCUUUGGUUUACAGGCCUUGAGUUCUGUCAUCCAUUCUCUCACAGCUCUCGUAACCUACCACCGAAAAACCCUCUAUUUGACGUUCACUUUCAUCUGGGAUUUCGUCUUGACAGCGAUGUAGAUUGCCGGCUUUAGUCUCAUUGGAAAGUUCCUUUCCGAUAUUGACGCAUGGGGGACUGAGGCUCCUAUUAUCUACUUCUACAAAGCCGCUUUUGGGGCUGCUAUCGUCGCCAUGUGA